CUAUAAAAGGAUAAGGCGUGAAUAAAAUGAAACGAAUGAAAGUUCAGACCUCACACCAACCACACAUUUGAGCACUGUAGAGCUAUCCCAAGUCUUACCAAAAGGCUACAGCAGUGGUAUUGACAGUAAGGUCCAAACUCAGCAAGCCUCGACGAAAAUGAAGACGUCUACGCUCAGACUCCACAUCUACCCCGCUGCCCCAAGGCACACCAACCUCACCACCAAUUCCCCACUACUUUUCACCCCCUUCAAGCAGCCAUUACAUUUAUCACAUUCAAGAGUAACAACCAUCAUCUCAAGACAAAUUCUGGGAUAUCCUCGGAAAACCAGUGUGAUAAAGAAACCAGUGAUCUUACUCUCACCGGAAUGGGAAGAAACCCCCAAAAGAGAGCUUACUCAAGUUUCUUCAAUUGGUUAUUCACGGUUUGUGAUAGUGGGAGCUGUUUCUAUAGGUCUGGCGUUGCUCCUUAUGGGAGCGGAUGACCAAAAGGCUCUAGCCUUUGGUCCUGAAGGGCCAUUAAUGGAGGAGUUCUGGGACAAUGUGAGGAGAUACGCACUUUAUGCUCUCACAGUCAGCACAGGGGCUAUAUACACCAUCUUCCAGCCUAUUCUGGAGUUGUUGAAGAACCCCAUCUCUGCAAUUCUUAUCUUGGUGAUCAUAGGGGGCAGUAUCUACAUUGUUUCCCAAAUACUUUCAGCCAUGGUUGGAGUCACUGAUUUUUCCUAUAGCUAUGCCUAUUAAUAUGACAAUUUUCAGCUGAUGAUGUUUGUUUCUCUUUGAUCCUGCAAACUUUUACUUUCGUGCAAUUGUUCCAUUAGCACAACCUUAGUUUAUCCUUUCGAGAUUGCCUUGUCUUUUAGGUAGAUUUUUUUUUUCCCUGAAAGCAUGAAGAUGUUUCUAGGUUGAAUUAAUCCUAUCCGACUGUAGCAAAAUUUCUUUUAUCAGGAUAAUCCUACAUGUUCUUUUCCA